AUGAUUGGCUGCCGGGGCGGCACACAAACCGUCCUACCGACUGCCCGUCUGUCUGAUUCUGGCCUCGUGGGAGACAACCACUCACUCUCCGCCAGCCUCUAUCCCGACCUUGAGCCCAAUCACAAGACCGACGCUCAGCUGAGAACACACACACACACACACACACACUUACCCGACGCAUGCACUUUCAUAUAUAUAUCCUCUUUUGGUGUCUUUCCAUAUUGCGUGUGUACGUGUGUAUGUGUAUGUGUAUGUGAUUGGAUCCGCACAGUGCCUAGCCGUCAUGUGAUUGGCUGUCGCCAUCGGAGUGCAAUUCUCACAGAUCUCGCAGCCGAGUCAAGCCGGAUAGCGACAGACCGACAGAUAGACAGAGCGAGAGAGCCACGCUGGAGGGGUGGCGUCAGGCGCGGACAGACUGAGAAAGAGGCGACCAAGGCAGAGACAGAGGCAGACGGAGGGCCGGCGAAGAGGACUGUGGAAAUAAAAAAGUUUGUUCAACCCUUGGCGCGUGAAAACGGAUCGCAAAGUCUCGACUCUGCGACGAUGGGAGGUGGUAGCAGUAAGCCCUCGAACGAUGCGGUGGCCGGUGGCGAACAGGCGCCGUCGGGCGGGCUGAAGAGCCUCACAAGUUACCUCGUCCCCACCCUCAGCCCCACCGCCAGGCCCGCCGACGAUUCGCCUCGCCUCGACUCGACGCCGACGCCGACACCGACACCGACACCGACGCCGACGCCGACGCUGACGCCGACGUUGUCUCCGUCGUCAACGGCCUUGCAGACGCGCCAUUCGGAGACGGUGAGUACGGCCGAGGAUGUGGCGGCACGUGGGUUUAUCGACGACGUGUCGGACGUGUACAAUCUUCGAGACGUCGGGGAAAACGAUCUGGUGAAAGAGAAGAAAGAAGAGGAGUCAGGCGGACUUGACGACUGGUGCUCUGCCGACGUGGUUGCCAAGUCGGUACACUGGCAGACGGUGGCCAACGAACAGGCCCCACUCGGACCCGCCGACCAGCACACGACGACACCCACCCCCUGUCUGGAUUCCGCGGAUGCGAGACACGCUGAAAAGGCGGACGAGAUCAUUACUGACGUCAUCCAGACGGCAAUCGGCCUCAUCUCCGACCCGCCUUCGCCCCCGCCCCCGACGGAGCGGCACUCCUCCAUUGUCGUCGUCCGGGUCCGGGAGGACGAGGAGCGGGCCGGACAGGGCGAACAGGAGCCCGAAAGCAGCGACAUUGACGAAAGCUAG